UUCUAAUGUGUGUUUGUUAUUGCCGUUGAGAUGUUGUAGUUUGAGUCGUGCGUUGCGUCCCAACACACAGGAUCCUUCAAGGAAGGAAAUGCUUUGAACAAUGGACUGCGAUCAAACCCACAAAUGGAACUGUCGCAGUAUCGAUUUAUUUGAAACAAUAAUUAUAUAUAGUUAUAAUAUAGUUAUUAUAAUUAGUGUGAUUCCUGAAAACGUUUGUUCGGGUGAUUCUUCGUGUUUGAGAGCUUAUGCGGUUGAGAGCGUCAACAUUGCUCUUUGUUAACUCCACUCGAACUGACUUAACACACGGAUAGGGGUAAAAAGCAUGCAUGGGGUGUUAAAUAGGCGAAUCCUUAGCACUGAAAGCUCGGGUAUACUGAGCCGGGAUCCCCGUGCGGUCCCUACCUAAACCCUAACCUCAGAGUUGGGACGGCCCAAGGAUCGAUAGCAGACCCGUGCCAAUUUAACGAUUGUUUCCUCUGUCGCAGUUUUAAGCUGUUGGAAAUAUAGCUAGACUACAUGUCCCAUGAAGUCAUUGUAGUCCUAAAAUCCGGGAAACGAGUUCUCUGGUUCGUUCAGGCAUCCCUAUGGGAAAAUUAAUGGCGAAAAAAUAGGGUUUUGGUAUAAACGCCGAAAAAAGGUAUGAGAAAAAAGGAUUUUAUACGUUUUAUCUGGGAUAAUAACAGUAAAUUAACAUGCCCUUUAUGAAUGUCGUAGCCUUUGUGAUCUUAUAAAUGAUUAAAAAUACACACAAAGUGACGUUAGCUGUUGAAUAUUUCUCGUAGAACAAAACAUAAGAUCUCCUAAACCUGUGUUUAUCGCAGACAUUAUGUUUCGCGUUGAUCAUCCAAUUUUCUCCAUAGGCUUGGUGCAACGAACCAUGGCGGAGUUUGUGCCUACAAAAAUACGCCAUUACGAUGUCUCUAUUAGACGUCUUCACGGGUCCAACAUACCAGAUAUUCCGAGAAACGACCUGGAAGCAGGUCCUACAUUUAGAUUUUUGUCUCGGGUCUGAUAUAAACGGCACUGGUCUGGGUAAACGUUAUUUACUGCCUAGACCCGAUUUGGAUCCUUCCUAUGUUCAUUUAUGUUGUGAGGUGAUGUCAACUGCGCAAGCUUUCUAUCUGUGUAAGCCAAUUGCGACUCAAUACAAUUUAUUAAGAGUAUAGUGAAAAUAAGCCGAAAAGGGGAUUGUCCUCCUUGGGGGGAAAGUUUUAUAUUGUAGUGGACAAAGAUGAGGAUAACGUAAUCGGACCAGGUGUUCUGUGUGCAACCCGCUAUUCAGCUCAGUACCAUGUCAGGGUUUUUAGACAGUGUCCGGUGCGGAGACUGCGAGUGCAAUGUGGACUGGGGAGAGAGGCGAAACACCAUGGCAUCUAUAGCUGCUGGAGUCCUGUUUUUCACUGGUUGGUGGAUAAUCAUUGAUGCAGCUGUGAAAUAUCCAGAUGAGGCGGUCUUCCAUCAUGCCUAUCACACAUGUGGAGUCAUCGCUACUGUGGCUUUUCUCAUGAUCAAUGCUGUCUCGAAUGGCCAGGUGAGAGGGGACAGCUACAGUGAAGGUUGCAUUGGGCAGACAGGAGCUCGUGUGUGGCUCUUCAUUGGCUUCAUGCUGGCGUUCGGCUCUCUCAUCGCUUCCAUGUGGAUCCUGUUUGGAGGCUUUGUAGUGCCCAAGAAACCUGUUGUGUAUCCUGGUAUUGCGGUUUUCUUCCAAAAUGCAUUCAUUUUCUUUGGGGGCUUGGUGUUUAAGUUUGGACGCACUGAAGACUUGUGGCAGUAAUGGUUUCUGGUUUCUGUCAACUGUCAUACUAUCUGUUCUCUUAUUGUAUGAGACAGUAGUGUACGCUUUGGCCUGUCAAAACACUACUUUCUGUCUUUCAAGCGUUAGAAAAUAUUCACUUUAUAUAAUUACUUUAUAAUUUUGCUUUUUAGAUGAACUUGUUUAAUUUAUAAGUAGGUUGGUUGUUGCUGUACAAAUGUACAUUUUACUAAAGCAUCAUUUGCUGUUCCAUCUUUUAAUUCAAUGUUCUUUUCUUUUGAAUUCUUGUAAUGGGAUCUAGGUGUCUUUUCACUCCAAAUGUGUGGAGCCAUUCUGUUACAAUAAUUUACUACCUUCCAUUAUUUAUCUUGGAAACGGCAAAAUAAUAAAUGAGCAGAUUAUUAUUUUCCUUUUUAUUGUUUUUACAAUACACAUUUGUGCACUAAUAAUGUUUAAAAAAUAUUUAGCUUUCUGAUGAGGGCAUACAUCAGGGGGGGCAUGACAUCUAUGGAAGUGUUAGUCUUGUAAAUAGCCUAUUUUCUUAUGAUACAGUUACUGAUAAUAAGAAUUUAACCUUUAAUGUGGGCAAUUUGUCUUUCCUAUUGUCGAGAUGUGGGGUCUGUAAUUAAGCCAUUCUACUGAACCAUAAUCUGAUAGUUCAUAAUUCAAGGUGUAGUUUAAAGGAAGGAUUUAAUUCAGAGGUUUCGAUGCUCUGACCACCAUCUCUGUUCUUUGACUAUGUAUUUGACUACAAUGCUUAUACUUUCACAGUACUUGUAUAGUAACCAAACUGAGAUCACUGAACCUGAACAACUAUGGCAGCAUUAAAUUGAAAAUGUAAAACAA